CUCCGGCUGUCACUUUGACGUUUUCUAGUGCAAGGAAAGAGCGCGUGUAAAGGCUAUAUAAUAUAUAUAAAUCCGGUGUAUGCCAUUUCAUUCUACCAAAACUGUUUCUCGUUCCGAGUCGGUGAGCUUUGAGAUACACGCACGUUCGAAUACGUGUUUGUAAUAAAAGGUUAGGAAUUCGGAUAGUUAACCGGAAAAGAACGGUUAUUGAAGAAAGAGAGAUAGAGAGAAACAGGCAGAUAUAGACAGACAAAUAAAGAGAGAGAGAGAAAAUAGAUAUACAAGAGAAAGCUGUCGAAGAAGAAACCUCGUACAUAACAUUCUAAUAAAAGAAAAAGAAAGAUAGAUAGACAUAUACACACGCACACACACACACACAUAUAUAUAUAUAUAUAUAGAUAUAGAUAUAUCAGAUUGAAGGAAAGUCGUUCGCCGCCGCACGUGCGUCUUCUUUGGAAGAAAAGAUAGAAAAGGACAACGGUCGUCGAGCAGCGCUGUCGGCGUGUAUCGUCGGCGCGACGUCGGUGAGAAGGAGUGCGAAGGAAUCGAGGAUACGCAUUCGUGACUUUCUUCUCGUUCCGAAAACAUCGCGUGGAUAAAUUUUUCAAAAAAGGAGGAUAAAUAUACGACGUAAAGUGACGCAAUAAAUAUAUCGGAUAAAAGGAGUGUGAGCCCAUUAAAAUCGACUCAUCGUAGGCGCGACGCAGGACGAGCCUGCUUAUAUCCUUGCAAAGGUAAAAGGUACUGGAAUAUUAAAGAAGAGAAAGAAAGAAGAGAAGAGGAGAAAGAAGAAGAAGAAGAAGAAGAAGAAGAAGAAGAAGAAGAAGAAGAAGAAGAAGAAGUAGAGGAAGAUGUCGACGACGUUCCAGGAGAGUAAAAUAACAACGGGUCCUCUUAUGGAGGAGCCUAAGAAGAAUGAUUCCGAUUCUUCUAAAAGCGAAGAAAUGAUUUCGACGAUUAAACGGGAACACGAUUCGACCGAUGAUUUCGAACGGGUCGAACCAGAGAAUUUGUUGUUCGUUGGAGGAGGAGGAGGAGAAGGAGGAGGAGGAGACCUCCUUGGUAAAAAGGAAGAAGGAGGCUCAUUUGAAAAAGAGCAGAAGGGAGAGGUUAAGGCGGAAGUGGAGGUGGAGAUAGAGGUGGAGAAGAAGAAGGAAGAGAAGGAGGUGCUGUCGAAGAAGGAGGAGAAGGAGGAGGAAAAAGGUGAGAAAAAGGAAGGGGAGAAAUCGGUAGAAAAAGAAAAAUCAGAAUCGUCGUCGUUGCCGGCGACAGUAUCAUCUACGACGGAACCGCCACGUGACCAGGAUCAUCAUCCAGGAGAAUCGACGGAUUUAAAGGUUCAUACGGAUCAUCAGUUACCAAAUAUUACCAAACGUAGUUCCUUCCUAAACGAGAAUCAGGAAGGUGAGGAGGAAGAGGAGGAAAAGGCCUUACCCGCCACCCCGCCACCUUCCGCUGAUAUCGAGAAAUACAACUCCAUGGCGGAUCCGUUUCAACGGCCGGCAGGUAGGACAACUUCCGCGGAAGGGUUCAACCCCAGGGCGGCGACAGUCGCUUUCGUGGAAACCGAACGAGCCGCUGCAUCAUCGGCACCAUCACCUCAGACCUUAUCAACGAACAGUGCUGAGAACACCGUACUCCUUGAUUUCUCCGAGAAUACGAACGACUUAAUAACAACCUCUACAAUCUCAGAUCAAACAAAAAUGAAUUUUGAUCAGAGUUUAAAUCCUACAUUGAAAGAUACGAAUGAAAAAGAAGCCGUAUCAUCUUCCAACCUACUCGAUCUUGAUUCCUUCCAAUCGACGACGACGACGACGACGACGACGACCAUUACUCCACCUGUCCCUCCUACAAAAGUCAAUACGGAUAAUACCGAUCUUCUUUCUACCAGUAAUCACGAAAUUUUCGAGCACGUCGACGACGACAAUAUUACGAAGAACGAUAAAAAAACUCUUGAUGAUCGUUGUAACGUUAACGAAUCGGUCGACGUUUUACCGACGAUCACGAAGAAAGAUCAAAACGACGUUAACGUUAACGACAUUAUCAAAGAAACGAUCGCGACCGAAUCAACGAUUAAGAGGAAGGAUCAGAACGACGAUAAAAUAAUUAAUUCCGAUAAAAAUGCCGAAUCUAAAUCUACUUCGAUUGCUACUAAAACAUCAACGAACGUGGUGCAAGACAUUGGGCAUAAGGAUGGAAGGUAUUUUGAUAAAUCCAGAGAUAAGAUCCAAGAAAUUGAAAUCGCCCCAAAGGAAAUCUUCAGGGAUAUGGGACUCGACGCAUGGUUUAACCCCGAAAGACUGAAUCCGAAAGUGGCCACUCUUAUCUACUGGCGCGAUCCAAAGAAAUCGGGAGCUGUCUUCGGUGCGACCUUAGGGUUGCUUUUGUCGCUGGCCUACUUCAGUCUGAUCAGCGUACUUGCUUAUUUAUCAUUACUCAUUCUUAUCGCCACGGUAGCCUUUCGUAUUUACAAAAGUGUACUUCAGGCUAUCCAAAAAACUUCAGAUGGACAUCCAUUUAAAUAUGUUCUUGACUUAGAUCUUACAUUACCCACCGAAAAGGUGCACGAACUCGCGGAUAUUGCGGUAGCUCAUGUAAAUGCAACUAUCAGCGAAUUACGCAGACUCUUCCUAGUAGAGGACAUCGUCGAUUCGCUCAAAUUUGGGGUUUUACUUUGGUGCUUCACUUACAUUGGCUCAUGGUUCAAUGGAAUGACUUUAAUAAUCAUUGGUGUCGUCGCACUUUUCACGCUACCAAAAGUGUAUGAAACGAAUAAAACACAAAUCGAUGAGAAUCUGGCUCUGGUUAAGGGAAAAGUCGAUGAGUUUACUGCCAAGUACGUAAUCAUGUCGCACGUUGAUGUGGAUCACGAGAAAAGAAAACAAAUCUCAGUACGCGGUAUCGUCGAUGUUGAAAAUGUCGCGAAUUUUAAGAAAACGUUCAACCGGCAUCUUCAUUAUACUUUAGUCAAAGAUCGUAAUGUAGCGACUAGCCGAGAUUAUUACUUCGCUUUAGCACAUAGUGUCAAAGACAAUUUAGUAUCCAGAUGGAUUCGAACUCAACAAUAUUAUUACGAGAAAGAUCCAAAGAGAGUAUACUAUCUUUCUCUCGAAUAUUAUAUGGGAAGGGCAUUGCAAAAUACGAUGAUCAAUUUGGGAAUUCAGGGUGCGUGCGACGAAGCUAUGUAUCAGAUGGGCUUGGAUAUAGAAGAAUUAGAGGAAUUGGAGGAGGAUGCUGGACUUGGAAAUGGAGGCUUAGGAAGAUUGGCUGCUUGUUUCUUAGAUAGUAUGGCAACUUUGGGCUUGGCUGCUUAUGGUUAUGGAAUAAGAUAUGAAUAUGGUAUAUUUGCACAAAAGAUAAAGAACGGAGAACAAAGUGAAGAACCAGACGAUUGGUUGAGGUAUGGUAAUCCUUGGGAAAAAGCAAGGCCAGAAUUUAUGCUUCCAGUUAAUUUCUAUGGACAUGUUAUUGACACUCCUGAAGGCAAAAAAUGGGUUAACACGCAGGUCGUGUUUGCAAUGCCUUAUGAUAAUCCAAUUCCUGGAUAUAAAAAUAAUGUGGUUAAUACAUUGAGAUUAUGGUCUGCUAAAUCGCCAAUCGAAUUCAAUUUGAAAUUCUUCAACGACGGUGAUUACGUUCAAGCUGUUAUUGAUCGUAACUUGGCAGAAAAUAUAAGUAGAGUCUUGUAUCCUAAUGAUAAUUUCUUUGAGGGAAAAGAGCUUCGUUUGAAACAAGAAUAUUUCAUGGUUGCCGCUACUCUUCAAGAUAUAAUUCGUCGUUAUAAAGCUAGUAAAUUUGGAUCGAAAGAACAUUAUAGAACUGAAUUCGAUGCUUUCCCUGAUAAAGUAGCCGUUCAAUUGAAUGACACUCAUCCUUCGUUAGCUAUUCCUGAACUUAUGAGAAUUCUUAUUGAUGUUGAAGGACUAUCGUGGGAGAAGGCAUGGGAAAUAACAACGCGAACGUGUGCUUAUACAAAUCACACUGUUCUACCAGAAGCACUUGAAAGAUGGCCCACUAGCAUGUUAGAUAGCAUUCUUCCACGACACUUGCAAAUUAUUUAUCACAUAAAUCAUUUACAUCUUGAACGAGUCGCUGCCAAAUUUCCAGGUGAUAUGGAUCGUCUUCGUCGUAUGUCUUUGAUCGAAGAAGAAGGUGAAAAACGAGUAAAUAUGGCUCAUUUAUCCAUUGUUGGUAGUCAUGCCAUCAAUGGAGUUGCACAAAUACAUUCAGAGAUUUUGAAAGAUAGUGUAUUUAGAGAUUUCUAUGAAUUGACACCAGAAAAAUUCCAAAACAAAACCAAUGGUAUUACACCUAGAAGAUGGUUACUUCUUUGCAACCCAAAUCUAUCCGAUAUUAUUGAAGAAAAAAUAGGAAGCAAUUGGGUUGUACAUUUAGAACAAUUGGAACAGAUUAAACAAUAUGCCAAAGAUCCAGGCUUUCAACGAGCGAUAGUUAAAGUUAAACAAGAAAAUAAAUUACGUUUAUCUCAAAUGUUAGAGAAAGAUUAUGGGGUUAAAAUAAAUCCUGCCUCGAUUUUUGAUAUUCAGGUGAAACGUAUCCAUGAAUACAAACGACAAUUAUUAAAUUGUCUUCAUGUUAUUACAUUGUACAAUCGUAUAAAGAAAGAUCCGUCCGCACCGUUCGUACCAAGAACUGUUAUGAUAGGUGGAAAGGCAGCACCAGGCUACCAUCUAGCUAAAAAGAUUAUCAAAUUGAUUUGUAGUGUUGCAAAUGUUAUCAACAACGAUCCUAUUGUAGGAAAUAAACUAAAGUUGAUCUUUUUAGAGAAUUAUAGAGUAACUUUGGCCGAAAGGAUUAUUCCUGCUGCAGAUCUGAGUGAACAGAUUUCUACCGCUGGUACUGAGGCAUCAGGCACCGGAAAUAUGAAGUUUAUGCUGAAUGGUGCUCUUACAAUUGGUACUUUGGAUGGAGCUAACGUAGAAAUGGCCGAAGAAAUGGGAAAUGAUAAUAUUUUCAUUUUCGGCAUGACCGUAGACGAGGUUGAAGAUUUGAAAAGAAAAGGCUACAAUGCUUAUGAUUAUUAUAAUAAAUUACCAGAAGCAAAACAAUGUAUCGAUCAAAUUCAAGGAGGUUUCUUUAGUCCUAAUAAUCCAGAUGAAUUUAAAGAUAUCGCUGAUGUGCUACUUAAAUGGGAUAGAUUUUAUCUUUUAGCAGAUUUUGAAAGCUAUAUUCGUAUGCAAGAAAAAGUCAGCCAAGUGUAUCAGGAUGAAAACAAAUGGGUGGAGAUGGCGAUACAUAAUAUAGCAUCUUCUGGAAAAUUCUCUUCCGAUCGGACAAUUGCAGAAUAUGCCCGUGAAAUUUGGGGCGUAGAGCCAAACUGGAACAAAUUACCAGAUCCACAUGAACCACGUGAUAUCUAAUUCGUUUGAUAUAAUCAAUCUAAUGAAUGUUCUAUAAUUUUUUCUGUACUUCUAUAAUAAUCGAUAAAAUAUUAUGAUAGACAAUAAAACAAAUUUCAAUACUUGAGGAAAGAAAAUAGCACGAUUAAUUAUCUGAGAAAGAUAAAUAAUACAAAUAAUAUUUAACAAAUGUCUCAUCACGAUAAUAUAAAGAUUCUAUGCAUUAUAUACAAAUGAAAGACUGUUCGAUCUAUAAAAUAGAAAAAAAUCUAUAUUGGAAUUUGAGAAAUUUAUCCAAUAAAAAGGUUCAAUUGUUUAUCACAUAAUUUAACACAAAAAAAAUUAUGAACAGAAGUAUAUCAAACGAAUGCAAUAUAUUUUUCUAUAACUACAUUUAUUUUUAUUAUGCUACUGCCUACUGUCAAAUACUCAAAUAAAGGUGGCUAAGAAAUAAUUUCAAAGUAAUCUCAUAAAUAAUUAUAAAAAAAAUAUGCGCAUGAUUUUGCUUCAAUUUUGAGAGACAUGGUCUCAAUGUGAAAGUCUUUGUGUCUUUGUGUACUCUUAAAUAAUUAUAUAUUGAUACUAUUUAAUCUCUAAUGUCAUUUUAAUCUGAUAUAUUUCAUGUUGUGUAAUAAUAUAUAUUUGUAACUUAA